GAGGAUCAGAGCAGCGGCCAUGGAGGGAAGCGAGAGCGAGGCCGUCUUCGAUGCUUGCGAUCUCAACCCCCAGCGCUUCAUCAACGAGGUCCUCAACGCCUCCGACGAUCUCCUCGAUGGCGCCUUCCAGUUCUGCCUCCAGCAGGCUUCAAUCAUCACGGGAUGUGGGGAGAAGCAAUCUGAUGAGCUUGCCAAGGGUGUUUCAUACCUUCGUAACAUGACCCAAGGAAUUCUGGACAAGAGAAUGAACAUCUGGGAAAAGUAUUGUCUUCGACAUUGUUUUUCUGUACCUGAGGGCUUUUUGCUGCAAAAAACUCAAGACUUGUCUGUUGAGAAUUUAUCACUUCAAGAAGGAGGUUCUGAAGCAGAACUUGAUUCUCAGCUGAGCUCAUUAAGAGAGAAGCUUGCUGCAGUUGGGAAGGAAUCUUCAGAACUUCAUAGAGAGAUCCAAGCUCUGGAAAAGCAGGCGUCUCUUAACAAUAGUUAUGACGCAUCCAUUGCUGAGGCACUGCAGCUGUAUGAGCCGAACUCAACGCAUGAGAUGUUUCAAGAGGUAAGGAAAGUGGCAUCAGUACUGCAAGCAAAAGCUGAGACUAUGCAGAUCAAAAGAGCAAAAGAUAUGGAACCUCUGAUUGCUGGGAAAAUAAACUCACCGAGUAAAAGGCAGCAUGUGUUUGAUAACCAUGAUCUUACUGCAAGUCUUGAGUGA